CCCUUCCUCUUCCUGGCAGCGCGUCCGCGGCUCGAGCGAGGGGCGCCGGCGCGGGCCGGGCUGGGGGCACAAUGAAUAACCCUAUACCUUCCAAUUUGAAAUCAGAAGCAAAAAAAGCUGCUAAAAUCCUAAGAGAAUUCACGGAAAUAACUUCCAGAAAUGGACCUGAUAAGAUCAUUCCCGCCCACGUGAUCGCCAAAGCCAAGGGCCUCGCCAUCCUGUCGGUGAUAAAGGCCGGCUUCCUGGUGACCGCGCGCGGCGGCAGCGGCAUCGUGCUGGCGCGCCUUCCCGACGGAAAAUGGUCCGCACCUUCCGCCAUCGGGAUCGCGGGGCUCGGCGGAGGAUUUGAAGUGGGAGUCGAGAUAUCGGACCUGGUUAUAAUUCUGAAUUACGGCAGAGCAGUAGAAGCUUUUGCAAAAGGCGGUAACCUGACCCUUGGAGGGAACUUCACUGUGGCCGUCGGGCCCUUGGGAAGGAAUUUAGAAGGAAACGUCGCCUUACGAAGCUCUGCCGCUGUCUUUACAUACUGCAAAUCCAGAGGGCUCUUCGCUGGCAUAAGUUUAGAGGGCAGCUACUUGAUCGAAAGGAAAGAAACUAAUCGAAAAUUUUACUGUCAAGAUAUUCGGGCGUACGACAUCUUGUUCGGAGACACCCCGCGGCCUGCCCAAGCGCAGGAGCUGUACGAGGUCCUCGACUCCUUCACGGAGAAGUACGAGAACGAGGGGCAGCGGCUCAACGCGAGGAGAGCGGCGCGGGAGCAGCGGCGGCCUUCGGCUCAGGAUCUGCCUCCCAAACCGUCCUCGCGACCGCAGCCGUGCGCUGAAGGCCAGCUCACCUUCGGCUCCCAGAGCAACAGACGCGAAUAUAAGCUCUACCCUGAACUUCCCGGCCAUCACGAGAGAGUCGGUGGUUCAAGUCAGCCUGUAGAAGUGACAGCACUGUAUUCUUUUGAAGGACAGCAGCCGGGAGACUUGAGUUUUCAAGUGGGAGACAGAAUCACAGUCACCUCGAAAACAGAUUCGCAUUUUGACUGGUGGGAGGGGAAGCUUCGCGGUCAGACGGGCAUUUUUCCAGCCAACUAUGUGACCAUGAAUUGAAGCUCAUGUUACUUCUCCUUUGAGAAUUACAGAAAAGUAUUUCCACACUGACAGCGAAGCAAUAUUUAGUGCAAGUUUAAAAAUUCGGCAAGAAUAAGAAACAAAGGGCAUCCAAAUUGGAAAGGAUGAACAUGUAUCCUUUAUGUAAAGGAGUUUGUUCUUUCAUCUCUAAAUAAAUGAUUAACUCACGUAUCUUUAAAUGCUUUGUACUAAUUUUAUCACAUAUGCUCUUUAAUAGUUAAGAUCCUCAAUUUAUAUGGUCAGUUCUUUUGUGUUUUUCAAACGUCACUAAACAUUGAUUUGGUGAAAUAUAUAUAGGUGACUUUAUUUUAAUUUAAGAAUCUCGAGGGCAGAAACAUGAAUACUGGUAUGUUUGUUUCAAUUUCCAAACAAGAAAAAAAGAAAUCAGCUUACAGAGGUAGUAGAAGUAAUUAGAGUUGUAGGUAUUAACCAGAAUACAAAUCCUUAAAAAUUAUCUUUAUACUUUUAAAAAUUGUGUAUAGACAUUUAUGGUAGAAAUGUCCUAUUACAAAGAAAUUCAAC